UAACUUGCAGGAAAGGAAAAAGAGGAAUUUUACAGGCGAGAAGGAGAGAGAUGCAGCUGGAGCUAUAGAAGGGACUGAAGAGAGACAUUGCUUGAAAGGACCCUCUUUUAAUAUUCGCUGUGUGAGGAUUGAAAUACACAAUUAUGAUAGCAACUGGGGGAGUCAUAACAGGACUGGCCGCCUUAAAAAGGCAAGACUCUGCCAGAUCCCAGCAUCAUCUCAAUCUCACGACAUCACCAGCUGCUGAAGAAAAAAAACCAGUCAAGCGCCGCCCAAGGGCAGAUGUAGUUGUGGUUCGGGGGAAAAUCCGACUUUAUUCCCCGUCAGGAUUCUUCCUUGUUCUGGGCGUGCUCAUUUCAUUCCUAGGAAUUGCUAUGGCCAUCCUUGGAUACUGGCCCCAAAAGGCCCCUUUUCUUGAGCCUGAAGGCAGCUUGGAACUAAAUGAUACCCAUGUCAUAGGAAAAGAUGACGGGAUUAUAAUUCGCUUCUUCGAACAGCAUCUACAUUCUGAUAAAAUGAAAAUGCUGGGUCCUUUCACUAUGGGGAUUGGAAUCUUUAUUUUUAUUUGUGCAAAUGCCAUGCUCCAUGAGAAUCGUGACAAGGAAACCAAGAUCAUACACAUGAGAGACAUCUAUUCCACGGUCAUUGACAUACAUACUCUGAGGAUCAGUGAACAGAAGCAGCUGAAUGGUGCCUACACAGGCCUGGCGGCAGAGAACGAAGUCAAGCACAAUGUUAGCUCUUGUGCCUCACACCUGGCUGCAAAUACAAUCGCACCUUUCUCGGGCUUUGCAAGCAACUUUCGAGUGGACAGCAGUGCUGAGGAGGAUGAAGCUACUGUGAGUGACAGCAAAAAUGCCACUAGCCUUCUACCACCUUUGCUGACUGAGCGCUCUGGUUCAAUAUUUGGCCUUUACCCCCAUUCUGGAAAGACAAAGGAUGAUAGGAGUGGAAGCUCUCUCAGAUGUGAAACAAAGUCGAUUGUGUCAUCAUCCAUUAAUGCUUUUACAUUGCCUGUAAUUAAACUAAACAACUGUGUUAUUGAUGAACCCAGCAUAGACAAUAUCACUGAGGAUUCUGCAAGUACUAGAGACAGGCCUAGAAAUCUGUCGAUGGACUCUUUAGCUGUACCGUUCACUGAUACUAAUGAAAGCUACAAACCUGCCAGUGCAUUGAUACCGAGAAGCAAUUUAUAUGGAGACUCUUCAUCCAGUCAGUUCCAAUCUUCUAUGACUCUUGGACCCAGCACCAGAAAGCUUCUCUCACCUGGUGCAGCCAGAAAACAGUUUGGGUCCAACACUUCGUUGCAUCUUUUGUCUGCCCAUUCAAAAUCUCUAGACUUAGAUCGGGGCCCAUCUACUCUCACUGUCCAAGCUGAACAAAGGAAACAUCCAAGUUGGCCAAGACUAGACCGGAGCAACAGUAAAGGUUACAUGAAACUAGAAAACAAAGAAGAUCCCAUGGACAGGCUCCUUGUGCCAUCAGCCACAAUCAGGAAGGACUUUACUAAUAAAGAAAAGCUCCUUAUGAUUUCCAGAUCUCAUAAUAAUCUGAGUUUUGAACACGAUGAGUUUCUGAGUAAUAAUCUAAAGCGGGGAACAUCUGAGACAAGGUUUUGACAGUGAGGUGACCUACAAUUCAUGCAUUUGCCAGUAUUUUAUUUUGAAACAUUUUGACACAUUUUUGUUUGGUUUUUGUUGCCAGUGCGGACCUGGUUUCACCAAAUAUUUCUAUUGGAUUGAGAUGGCCUUGUGUGACCAAAGGCUAUUUUUCAUCUUUGCAAUGCCAAUUGUUUAAUGUCAAGCAGCUUGUUCAUCAAGAUACUGGCAUAUUGCCGAUUGGAUAGUGUUUGUGCCAGGUGGUAAUUGGGUGGUAGAUUGAAAAUUGAUGUCUUCUUAAUUUACAACUGCAAUACUGUACAUUACCCUGACUCAGCAUAUUGAGUGCCUCAGAUCCUAUUUCCUCCCGGUCAUCGCUCUUUUGUUUCCAUAUAAGCAUGCUCUCUUUCAUUGUUACGAGUCAACACCAAGAGCUGACUGAAUGAAUGUCAAAGUUUAGAUGCAUCAAUAAUGGCAACAUUUUAACAAUGGUGCUUUUUAGGAAUGGAUCCAAGGUUUGGGCCAAAUUACGGUUAGGGUUAGGAUCCAGAGAGCUACUCAAGGUGCAUGCAGUAGAAAUUUAGGCUCUUUUCCCUUUUAACAGGCAGAUACCUUAACGAAAGCACUGUGUUCCAAGCUGUCGUCAGUUUGCAGAGAGAUUUGUCUUGUGGUCAGAGGGCUACUCUUUGAGCAGCCCGAGUCCAAAUCUAGCUUGGAACCAGUUGCGUAGUUCUUUGCAUUCAGGCCGUAAAUUAGAGAAAGGGCAUAACCCAGAAGAUAAUUGCUGCUGCUGCAGAGGAGUUGAAAUGAAUAAUGAAGGUCCCUUUCAUUUCAGCAGGGCUUGGUUAAAGGAAAUUCCUAGUUGAUUGUACUCAUUUUCUUUUUAUAUAUGAUAAUAAGCUAAAAAUAAAUUGGUUAAUAUUUAGUAAAGCUGUUACCUUAUUGGGUAGGAUUUGGGAGGCAGUGAGCAUCUGUCUAGAGAAACUCAUUUUUGAGAACUUGUCAGAUCAAGCUAAUACAAGUGUCAUGUCUGAAAUUAAUAACACCGUAACAGGGUGAUAGAAUAAGCUAGAAACCCUAGGACUGAAUUUCCCAGAUUAGGGUCCCCUGAAGAUGGACUGUCUUUUCCAUCAUCUCUGACUGUUCGUCAUGCUGGGGUGGGGGGUGACGGGAAUGAUCCUGCAACAACUGUGGAGACACAUGCUUGUGAUCCACUGGUCUUCGGAAAAUAAGACGGUUGGCUGAUGAUUAAAGCACAGUGCUAACCAACGAAAAAUGACCUUACUGAAAUUAUGUUUAUUUAUAAUUCACUAAGGGUUGAUAAAGAAGUAAGAAAUAAAAUGGAAUGUGAUUUAUACAAUUCUACCUGGCAAGAGUGUGAUGACAUUGAAGUCAAAUGGGACAUUCAACAGUGCGAUAAUAUACAUGUCUUCUCUGAAGUAAGUCCCAUUGAGUUCAAUGGUGAUUACUCCCAGGCAAGUGUGUAUCGGACUGCAGCCUAAAUAAUUGAUGUGUGGAGAAUGUAUUCUGCUGUACAACAUAAUGUUGUCUGGUUGUAAUGUGAACUGAAAUACAAACACUGCAAUUUAUCAAUCAUGCCAAACUUAAAUAUGAAACUCCUGUUGACCACAUUUCCAGUAAGCGUAACAUCACUUAAUUGCAGUGAUGCACAACAUUGUGCACUGCCGCAAAGAUGGUUCCCACUAGCUGAAAGUUACUUUUAAAGCAGCUAGUCCUGUGAAUGGGUUUAACCAGCACACGCCCUGAUGUUGCAGCAGGGGAAACAGAUGUGGUCUUGCUGACUAGUCACAUCGUAGUCCAGUUCGCCCUUGUGGUUGGCCAAUAGGAUCACAGUGUUAAUUGGUCUUUUCAGCAGAUGUUUCGUACUUUCACUUAACCUCAAUAACUCAGGAAUUAUUUUAAUAGCUUCUCCCAAAACAAUCAGUAAUGUCAAAAUGUUGUACUUCAGUCGACUGUGAUAGACAAAAGAUAGAUUUUUUUAUCUACUAUUGUCCAGCUCCAUAUUCUAACAAUGCAACGUUUCAGUGACAAAAAGCAUUAUACUUGCCCAGUGACUUGAGGCAUAGUGUUAACUUGUUAGGAUUUCAAGCCUAUAUAUUGUAACAGAGUUGGCUAAAUAUUUUGCUAUGAAGCUUUUAAUAACUUUCUGGUCAGUGUUCUUAAUACGUUUGCUAUUUUUUUAAAUAAAAAACUAAUGUAUAACUGUG